AUGGCGCCUCCAAAGGACGAGGGUGCUCAACCCCCCAUAGACAAGCCCAAAACCAAAAACAACACCGCCAACAGCCCUCCAGCUCAGCCUCAAACGUCUAGCCCGUCCGUCAUCAAAGGCGCCUCCCUGCUCAUCAUCCUCCAAGUCGCAUCGCGUCUCGUCACCUUCGUCGCCAACCAGCUGCUGCUUCGUUUCCUCACUGCUCCUCUUCUGGCCCUCUCUACACAGCUCGAAGUAUUCUAUCUCUCGGUUCUGUUUUUCGCCCGUGAGAGCUUGCGUGUAGCCAUUCAGCGCCAGGGCAUUGCUGGAGCAGCAAACGCCAAGGACGAUGAGACUGAAGAUGAUGCUGCUGCAGCUGCACGGCAAGAGGGACAAGCAGUGGUGAACCUGGGGUAUCUCGCCGUUGGGCUGGGCAGCAUCGUCAGCGUCGCUUUAGGAUGGAUGUAUCUCGCAUCUGCCUCUGUCGACACGCUUCAGACACCCUGGCUAGUUGAGUCCCUCUGGCUCUACGGAAUUGCUGCCAUGGUUGAGCUCAUGUCCGAGCCUUGUUUCGUCCUGAUGCAGACGCGUCUUCAGUUUGGCACUCGUGCAACUGCAGAGUCUAUCGCCACGUUCCUUCGCUGCGCUGUAGUCUUUGGAUCCGCUGUCUGGGCGUCCCGAAGUGGUCGGGAUAUCGGCGUUCUUCCCUUUGCUCUUGGCCAGCUCUCAUACGGUGUUUCCCUGCUUGUCGUAUAUUUUGUCUCAGGAUACCGCCUUGCGGCCAAGACUGGAUUCUCACUUCUGCCCAAGCAACUGGCUUCCAACCAGAAUGUCGUUUUUCUGCUAUCGUACUUCUACAAGCCGACAGUCAAUCUCGCGGGAAGCAUGAUGGCCCAAAGUGUGGUGAAGCAUCUUCUCACACAAGGCGACACCUUUCUCAUUUCGCUCUUCUCUAACCCUGAAGCCCAAGGCGUGUAUGCUUUGGCAAACAACUACGGUAGUCUUCUCGCCCGCCUUCUCUUCCAACCCGUCGAAGAGAGCAGCCGCAGCUACUUUUCUCGCCUUUUAUCUUCACCCUCUGCUGGCAAUGGCCAGUCUUCGUCGCAGCCCUCUUCGUCAGUCAAGGAGGCGAGACAGAACUUACACACAAUCUUGCGUCUGUACAUUCUUUUAUCAGCCAUCAUUGUCAGCAUUGGACCUUUUGCGGCUCCGGCGCUUCUAUCCAUCGUAGCAGGUAAACUCUGGACUGGAUCAGGGGCUGGCCAAGUUCUUAGCACCUACUGUUUCUACAUCCCCUUCAUGGGACUCAAUGGAAUCACAGAGGCUUUUGUUGCCUCGGUCGCCUCCGAGGCCCAGGUGCACCGCCAAUCAUUCUGGAUGGGCAUCUUCUCAGCCGUCUUUGCCGCUUCAGCUUUCCUCUUUAUGCGCGUCCUUUCGCUUGGUGCCAUAGGCCUCGUCUACGCCAACAGCAUCAACAUGCUCUGUCGAAUCAUCUGGAGCGGCGCUUUCAUCAACGAAUUCUUUAAAUCUCAUGGUCUAGACUUUGCACCCUCGUCGCUAUAUCCCACAACUCCAAUCGCCGUAUCGCUGUCAACGCUGGUCCUCUUACGGCAGCUGAAAUUUCACGAAGCUGGCCAAGAGCGGCCACUUGAGACCCUGAUCAAGAUUAUUGGCUUUGCCAUUCCAUUACUGCUUUUAAUGUAUGUCAACACAUCUCUACAUGCUAUGCCUCUAUCUGCUUUUAAUAUACACAAUCGUCUAACAUUUUGGUGCUGUAGUGUAUCUCUAGAGCGAAAGUUUCUCUUCGAAUGCUUUCAGUCCAUCCGAGGUCGCAGAGCAAGUAAGCGCGAGUAG